AUGUCGUCUGAUACUCUUUCUCCCGCCGAGGCCACAAUCUCGGUUAGCAAGCGCAACAUUGCCAUUGCGGAACUCGUUAUCUUCUCUCUUAUUCACAUUAUUCAAUUGUCCAUUCGAUACAUGCAAGAGUGGAAGUAUUGGCAUCACAGGAAAAGACAGUGUUUACCACGAUGCUUCCUCUACUCCUGGUUCAGCAUGGUUGGAAUAUUGUCGCAGAUUCGAAUCGCGAGCUCCGCCAUGAUACUCUCAACCUCAACCCCGACCGAGUCAAUGCUCAUUGCCGAGUCUUCUCUACAAAGUGUAGGGCUCUCGCCGCUGAUGUUUGAGAUCAGCCUUGUUCUGCUGCGAUGUGGCCAGGCCGGUGAGCAUGGACCAGGAAACUCAAAGUAUCCCAAGUCACUGCGAAUAAUGAUGCACGGCUUCCGAUUCUUCGUCGCAAUCGCCGUCGUUUUAGGAGUCGUGGGCGGCAUCAUCAAAAUGCCUGCACUCGGCAAAGCCGGAUCCAUUGUUCUCAUCGUCGUCUUUGCUUAUGUCUGCGGCUUGGUAUCUUGGCUUUCGGUGAAGUUUCGCACAAUCCUGACUCUGGCUGGCCACCGCGGAAUCCUCUUGACAUCCUGCGCCUUGCCCUUCUUGCUAGUCCGGAUCAUUUACUUCUUGCUUUUGGAGUUUGGGCCUCCAAAGUUCAACCCUGCGUAUGGAAAUGUUGCUAUCUUGGCGGGCAUGGGGCUUUUGAUGGAGAUCACCGUCGUUGCCUGGCUGAUGGCAGCUCGCACCGUAGCUGAGCCAAUCUCUGGGUCGACGGGUAUGAAGCACAUCACAUCCGUUGACGAAGAGCAGCCUAGGAAUUGA